ACACCGCGGCCGCAGCCCCCGGCAGGAGGACACCCCGGGUGCCCGUCCCCGGCAGCAGGACAGCCCGGCUCCCCGCGGACGCGCCGUCGGCGGGCUGCAUGGCGGGCCGGGGGGGCUUCCCCUGCCCGCGCUGCCGCAUGGCGCUCGGCUCCCGGGCCCUGCUGCGGGCGCACGAGGAGAAGCUGUGCCUCGGCACCGGCAGCGCCGGCCGCCCCGGAGGGGACGUGUCUGCGAAGGGGGCUCCGGACACGGCGGGGAGGCCGCAGGACGCCUCGGUCGAGGUGUCCCAGCACGGGGCCUGCUCCGAGCCACGCCGUCUCCUGGUGCUUCCCGGGCCCCCCCGGGCCGUGCCGGGGCAGGGGGGCCCGGGGCGGGCGCAGGGGGCUCCCCUGGGGGCCGUGCUCACCCCCCGCGAGCGGGCCCUGCUCCGCGGGGCUGACCCCCCUGCCAGGAGGCUGGCAGCAGAGCAGGGGCGGCCCAGCCCGCAGGCAGCCCCGCCGCGGGGGCAGCAGGAGCAGCUGGAGGCUCACAAGCGCCAUGUGGCGGAAAUCCAGGCCAAGAUCCAGCAGCUGGAGCUGCAGAGAGAGGGGCUGUGCCAGAGGCUGGCGGCACUUCGGGCCAGGGCAGCUGCGGAGCCCCAACCCCAGCAGGGAGAGCUGGAGAUGAUCCAGGCCCCGGAGGUUCUGCAGCACCAGGGCAGAGGGCUGGCACACGAAAGGGCCGCGCUUCGCCUCGACACCCUCCUGCCAGCCGCCGGGCCGCUCGCUGCCGAGGCCAGGGCGCUGCGGCUGGCCUACUUGCGCGCUGGAGGACACGACCCAGCCAUCCUGGCCCAGCUUGUCCACCUCCAGAUGGAGGCCAUGGUGCUGGAGAAAGGGUCUACAGGUCUGCACAGGAGGAUGGGUGAGCCCCAGCCCAGAGCCCAUCCCCUGGCAGGGACCCUAGCUCCACCGCCAGCAGCUGAGGUACCCCUGGCUGUGCUGGCAGAACCCCCGGGCACUGGUGCACCAGGCCUGGACACGGCACUGCUGGCUGUGGAGCUGGAGAAUCGGAGGCUGGAAGAUGAGCUCCUGGCAUUAAAGGUCAGGAGGGAGAGAAGAGCUGAUGCCGGCUCGCAGGUGGCCCGGUGGCACGCAGAGGAGCUGGCCCAGCUCCAGGCAGAGGUGGGGAUGCUGCGACAACACACGGAGCAGACGGGGCCACGGCUGCCCCCCAGUAUCCUCCCACCCCCGGUGGCCCCCCCACUCCCACCAGCCCUGGCUGCACCAGAGAUUUUUAUGGAGGCCCCUGGGCCAGCACUGGGGACAGGCAGCCCCAAAGCCCGCAGCCACACCCUUGGCCCCUCCAGCCUCCCCCUCACCUCUUUUGCAGCCCUGGAGGACCCUCCUCCUGCUCGGGAGCCCCCAGCACAGCACAAACCUCCCCAAAGGGGAAGUCUCACAAGCAGCUCACGCCUCAACCCCAGGAACAAACAAAACCCAUGGUGAGAUUCUCUCUGCUAUGGUGGGGCCAUGCUGAGCGUUUUAAUAAAUAGCUU